UCAAUUCUGUGAUGAAGAACACUUGAGAAGGCUCAGCUGCUAUAGGCUUGGACCUCGCUUCGCCAUCCAUUUAGCUCUUAUUGUAUGCAGCUGACCUCAGAGUAAAGCCCAGGUCUAGGGACUUCAAUUAUCUCCUUCGUAAGCCUGACAGCGACAGAUCCCAGCUAGUCAGGGAAAACGCCAGUAUCUCUUCAAAUAUGGCUCCGCGAGCGUCCUGGAGAUUAGUCCUGUCUUCUCUAAUCGUGCUCGCAUCGCUCUGCUCGCUAAGUCGUGCUGACGUGACACUUCCUGAUCCAACGCGGCCCGGCCUUUUCUACUUCUUCAUGUCUGGCCAGAUCGUGGUGGUGGACCCGGUGUCGCAGAAGGUGGUAACCAAGAUCAACCAGACGUCGCAAGGCGCUCCCGCGCCCUUCCCCAACUCCUGCCCCGGCCACCCCAUGCAGGGCACGUGGAACCGGCACACGACGGGCAUCGACCAGCAGACCAUCUUCAUCACGGCCAGCUUCCAGCAGCCCACGCCGCUGCGACUGCCGGGGCUGUCCGACAUGGUGCUCGUCGUCAACACCUCGUCGCAGAGCGUCGCAGCGUCCGUCGCCGUGCCCGACAUCCCCAACGACAUCGUCUUCGUGCCCGAAGUGGGAAGCGUGUUCGCCCACGCUGACGUCAACGGCACAUUCGCCGUCAUCUCCGCGUCGCCGCCAUACGCCCUGCAGCGCGCGCGCUACUCCUCCGAAUUCGCCGAGGCGGGCUAUGGCCGCCUGCUCGCCGACUCGGCGUUGAACGGCAAGGCCUUUCAGACGGCAUCGCAGAUGCCGGGCGUGUUCGCGCUGAACCUGUUCACGCAGUCGCCCGACGUGCCGUUCCUCGACCUCUCGCAGGCCAUGCUGCAGUCGCAGCCAUGGCUGCCGCCCGACACGCCCAUCUACUGCCCCGCCACGCGCGAGGCCGUGUAUUCGGCGGUGAAUCGGCGCGCAUAUGUGUCGUGCGCCAAGGCGGGCAGUCCGCCCGACCCGAGCGCGCCCGAGCCGGGCAUCGUGGAGAUCGCGGGCGACGACAACGCGCCCGUGGGGUACCUCAACUUCAAGGCGGACAGGCUGUAUCUGACGCCAGAUGAGACCUUCCUGCUGGCGGUGGACAGCAGGGCGAGCGUGAUCCGCAUGGUGCAGAUGCUGCCCGGUGUGGGAAGCGACCAGGUGUUUUCGCUGCAGUGGCCUGACGUCACUCUGCCGCCCAACUCCAUGCCCGACAAGAUCCUCUUCUACCCCAAGGGGCUGUACUAUGUCGCACUGGUGUCGCUGGUGUUCAAGGACAGCACGGCGGUGAUCGACUUCAACAAGCUGCUGGCGUGCGGCGCCCAGUGCCCGCAAGACAACAUCGCCGGGGCGCUCACCUUCAUCAACACGGGUUACCAUGUGGUGCCACGUGCCACAACGGAUCUGGGCAUAUCAUCGCGCAGCAUGGCAGUGGGGCAUCAGUUCGUGUGUGUGGCAGCCAACCGUGACAAGGCCGUGUACUGCAGCAACCUCGUUAACCCGGCUAACAACAAGGUCUACACCAACAUGUUCGACGUGCAAGAUAUAGUGUUUGUGGAGGGCAAGUAUGCGGGCGACCAGUCGUUCAUCCGCCCCAUCGACACCACCUUCGACUGCUCCUCAGCACCCGACACACUAGACAAGCCACCGCCGCCGCCCUCGCCCUUGGAUCUUGCUCUUGCCGCGCAUCUGGAGGUUCCCAAUGCAGCUGUCACUUCCUUGCCUCCUGCAGCCUCGUCCUCGCCAGGCCCCCAGAUUCGUUUUAGGCCACAUUGAUUUAUCAUUGCCGAUAAAAAAACACCCUGAAAUUCAGGGCUGGUAUUGGUUUUCCUACUGGUUGGCCCUAGUUUUUCCACUUUCAAGGCUGAUUCUUCAGGGCCAGUACACAAAUACCCUGAAAAUCAGGGUUAGUAAGGUAAAAUUCCUGACAGGGGUGUGGUCGUUGCCCAUCGUCCUCGGCAAGGCUGCCAGACGGCCUCUUGUUGGCUCUCAUGGAGUGCUCAUUGCUCUUGCUAUGUGUAAUAUUUUCUUGUAGGAAUAAAAUAUUGUAGUGUUUAACUAGAAAGUAGCUAGCUUUUGCUGCAAUGCAAAUAAAUUUACAUA